CUCGAGCAGCGGGAGGACGGUGAGGGAAGGCCAUUCAUCAGCAGGUUUCGGGAUGAAAGGGGCACGGAGACACGGAGAGUGUCCUGGGCAGGCAGAGCUCAGCUCUCCAGCUCUGGCCCUGUGGGGGGAUGUUAGUGAGGGAAGAGGCAUGGAGGGCAGCUAUGGGCUGGAGGGCAAGACUCUGGCAAUCGGACCUUCUCUUUUAGGGCUAGGUCUGGUCCAGGGGACAAAGGCACAGAUGGAUAAGUGCUUGUCCCAGAACAUCCCCCUUUCUCCCAGCUCAGCCUCAGGGCAAGCAGGGUGUCAGGACAGAGGAUCUCCUUCCAGGCCAUCCCUCUUAGCCCAGCCAAGUCUUGUGGUGGAACCAGGGGGAGAGGUGAUCUUCUGGUGCAGGAGGCCGCCAGGGUCAUAUGAAUGGCUGGUGACCUUCAGUCUGCUGAAGGCGGGGAGGCCAAAGCCCUUACAAGAGAAGGAGGUACACUUUUCUCAAGCCAAUUUCCCCCUGAAGUCUCUGCGUGCCCAGGACUCCGGGAGCUACAGCUGCAUUUACUAUGAGACUUUCUGCCCACAUGUCAGAUCGGAAGCCAGUGAGACCCUGGAGGUCUGGGUGACAGACAGCCUUCCCAAGCCCUCUCUCUCAGCCCGGCCCAGUUCCAAGGUAACCCCAGGGGACAACGUGACCUUCCUGUGUCAGGGCCCAUCCCGAGGCGUGGAGUUUGCUCUGUACAAGGAUGGAGAGGAGCUGCCUGUGAGCACCAGUGAGCCCACCCAGCACGGGGCAGAGUUCCCCUUGAUCCACGUGAACAUCAACCAGACUGGAAGGUACAGGUGCUCUUAUCUCCUUGGGAGAGACAGCCGUGUCCUGGCCAUGCCCAGUGACCCCCUGGAACUCAUAAUACAAGAGGAGCAGAAUGAAAGUCUUCUCACAAGAGAACCCAAAACCAUCCUCAUCACUGCCCUCAGCUGUGCCUUUAUCCUCUUCCUCCUCCUCUUCUUGACUUUUCUUGGUCAUCGUCAAUCUCAGACUGUGAUUUCACAUGGAGAGACCUCCAGAAGAUUCCCAAGGUGCCUCUGUUGUACUUGGUUUGUCUGCUCUUCCAAAUCUGGAGCUCCCCAAUAUGAGACUGAGUAUGCCCAGGUUGUCAAAUGCAGACGCUCGAGGACAACUGUUCCUGAGGCUGAAGACCCUGAGGGACUGACCUAUAUCCAGCUGAAUCCAAAGGCCCUGAAGGAACAGCAGACAGUCCCUGGGAAGAUGUGUCCUGAUCCAACAACAUAUGCUACUCUUGCUCUGCAAUGAUGAACAAGAACUUCUUGCUCUGUUUUUUUCCUUACGAUCCUUUGCUAGAUAAUCAUCUAUGUUCCCCUUCCUCAAUGUGUAUACUCCUUGGGUUCUGUUUGGGUCUUCUCUUCCCAAACCCUUCUGGUGAUUUCAUCAGUUCCUCUGGUCUUCAUCACCAUAAUGCAGAAUACAGGCCCUAGCCUCUCCUCUGUGCUCUAGGCCCACAUCACUAGUAGCUGAUCAAAAAUUUCCAAUUGGAUGCCCUCCUGGCAUUUCCAACUCUACUGUUCUAAGGAGAAUUUUUUGUUUUUUCCCUCUCCAAACCCCCACAACCCUUUCCUUUUUCAAACUUCCCUCCUUCUGUUAAAGGCACCAAUAGUUUUGUGGUCACCAGGUCACAACAUUGAAGUUAUCCUUAAAUUCCCUUUCUGCUGAUCCACAGUCCUUUGCUAAUUCUUUUCAAUCCUACCAUCUUGCUCAUCUAGCCCCUUUCUUUGCUCACAUUGUCACUUUUCCAGGCCCUUGUCACCUCUCUCCUCAACUAUUUCAAUAGUCUAUUAAUUGAGGUUUCUGGGUCUGUCCUCUCUCCUUUACAAUCCAUCCUCCAGAAAACUGUGAAGUGAAAUUUCCUAAAGUUCAUGUAUGACCUAGUUAAUAUUCCGCCCAGGAGGCUUUUAUGUCUCCCUCUUAUUUUUAGAAUCAAAUAUAACUUCUCCAGUUGGGCAUUUAAAGCCUUUCACUGGCUAACUCCAGUCUGGUUUACUAGACUCAUUGUAUGUUGCUAGCCUUCACUCUCUCUCCAUUCCAAACAAUUUGACCAGCCCAUUCCUCAAAACAAAGAGCUGAUCUCCCAUAUCUAAGCCCUUCUCCCCUGCUUUCCCACUCUUGGAAUGGGGUUUCUUAGAGUCUUUCAAGACUCUCUCCAAGGAUAUCCUCUUAUAGGUGACCUUUCCAGAUUCUUCAAAACUGAGUGUCUUUCCCUACCAUUAUUUUUCUUAGUCAUUAUUGAUGUUUUUCUUUUUUAAAUACUCAAUUUAACUAAGACCAAUAAAUGAACACUUCUAUAUAAAGACACAGAAAGUGUUUGGAAUUUAAUGGAUGUGUUGGGGGAGUGACAUGUUUUGUCCAUGGGACUUUUUGUGUUUUAGGGAUGUCAUUUAAGUAGUUGAGUGGAGAAUGGAUUGCAGGGGCAGAUUCCUGAGGCAAGCAGCAACUACUGCGAUAUUCCAGAUAUGAGGUGAUGAUAGCCUGCCCUAGGGUGGUAGAAGUGUCAAAGGAAAGAAAUGGGUGUAUUUGAUAGGUACCACAAAGGUUAAAUCGACAGGUCUUGUCACAGAAUUAGAUAUGGGGAGAGUGUGAGAUAUUGAGGAAUCUAGGACGAGUCCUCCAUUGUGAGUCCAGAGUCUGUGAUGAUGGUGAUGCCCUCUACAGUCACAGAGAAGUGAAAAAGAAGGGGAAGUUUUUGGAGAAAGAUAAUGAGAGCUGUUUGGUCAUAAUGCAUUUAAGAUGUCUACUGGACAUCUAGUUGGAGAUGGGAGAUUUGAAGUUAGCAGAGAGAUUGGGGUACGAAAGAUAGAUCUGUCAGCAUAAAGAUGGUAACCAAAUCCUUGAGAGCUGAUGAGUCAUCAAGUGAUAUGGUAUAGGAGGUGAAGAGAAGAGAAGAGAAGAGACUUGCCAGAAUAGUCUGGCAAGUCACCUGUAGUAGAGAGUAUGACCUGGAGAAAGAUGGCACACAGGAGAGAAGUGGUCAGAUAGGUGAGAGGAAAACCCAGAAAGGAGACUGCAAGAAGACUGGAAAGGUGCAUAUGAGGUGGGUCUCAUGACAGUGUAUAAAUGGCUUUGAUGCCAAAUACAGGAUUGUAUAUUUUAUCCUGGAAGUGAUAGGGAGUCACUGGGGUUUAUUAGGUGAGUAUGUGGAGUGGGGUGAUGUGAUCAGACUUGAGAUUUCAAAUCAGUAGGACUUGGAAGCAGAUUAGAUAUGGAAGGGAGAGGGAGGGAGAGUAUCAACACUGAAGUUAUGAGCCUGGGUGAAUGUUGGUACCUUGGACAGCAAUAAAAAAGUUAGGAAGAUAGUAGGACUUUGCUGUGAGUGAGUGUGUGUGUGUGUGUGAAGCUAAGAGUGCAGGUUUGGACCUGUUGGCUUCAAGAUAUCUGUAGGGCUUCCAGUUUAUCCAGUUCAAUACAUUCAAUAGACAAUGGGAGAUUGUAGUCUGCAGGGGCUGGACAAAUAGAUUUGAGGAACAGUGGCACGAGAUAAUUGAAUUGAUGAGAGUUGAUGGGAUCACCACAUGAAACAGUAGAGGGAGAAGUGAAGAAGAUCCAAGGAAGAGCCCUGGGGAAACUUUAUGGCUAAUAGAUGUGACCUGGAUGAAGAUCCAGAAAAGGGAACAAGAAGGAGAAUGGGUAUACAAAGAUCCUAGGUUCAGGAAAUCCUAGAGGAGAACAUAAAGACAAAAGGGGGUUGAAGAAAGGUUAAGAAAGAUAAGUGUUGAGGAAAGAGCAAGUAGAUGUGGUAGCCAGGAGAUCUUUGGUAACUUUGAAAGGAGCAGUUUUAGCUGGGACCAGAAGUUAGAAUGCAGAGAAUUAAAAAGAAGUGGAGAAGGAAAAAAGUGAAAAACAAGAAUUGUAGAAGAUCUUUUCAGAUCAGUUAGCUAUGAAAAGGAGGAGAGAUAUAGAAUAAUAGCAGGCAUGCUGAGGAUGGUAGAGGCAUGUAUGUGUUCGUAGGCAGUGAUGAUAGAGCCAUUUAACAGAGAAACUGAAGAAUGGUGAGAGAGAUGAUAGAGGAACAUUUUCAGCCGGAUACAGCAAAAGAGAAUGGGACUUAAAGAGGAGUUUGCCUUGGCAAGAAAGGCCAGGUAUUUUUUUUGAUGGGGAACAAAAGAGAAAAAGAGAAAAAGUGAAAACCGAUACUAUAUUGAAAAAAUCUGAAAAUAAAUGCAACAUGCUAUCUUCUGUCCCUCUCACAUUGUCAAAGGAGUGGAAUGGGGGAUUCCUCAUCAUUUCUCUUUUUUGGAACCAUUCUUGUUCUUUGUAAUUUUGAUAUAUUCAGUUUGGAUAGUUUUGUGUCUUUUCUUUCCAUUUACAUCGUAUGGUUGUGGAGUUGUAUAGCUAGGUAGUGUAAUGGAUAGAGUUUUGGUUCUGGAGUCAGGAAGACCUGAAUUCAAAUGUAGCCCCAGACCAUCAUUAGUUGUGUGACAUGAGGCAAAUCAUAUAACCUCUUUUUUCAAAAGUUUCCUUAAUUGUGAAUGGUGAUAAUAAUAAGCUCCUACCCUGUGGGGUUGUUGUGAGGAUCAGAUUGGAUAGUAAUU